AUGCUUCAAGAGUCUCCACUUAGCUUCCGUGUAACGCAAGUAUCCGCUGAGUAUGUUAAUGGAGAGAUGACGAUAUUCGCAACUAUGGUGUUGCCUCAUAACACAACCGUUGUGAAUCACUUAUGGCAAGACGGUCCGUUGAAGGGAGGAGAUAGACUUGAGAUGCACGCAAAGAGUGGAGUUCAUCUCAAAUCCAUGUCUACUUUGGACUUGCUUUCCGGACAAGUCACAGAGACAAAAUCAUCUGUUAAUGGAAACAUGUUGUUGGUCAAGCGAAUCCAUGGAUUAGUCAACACAGUGAGCUGGGGGAUUCUCAUGCCUAUUGGAGUUAUGGCAGCAAGAUACAUGAAGACCUACGAAACAUUAGAUCCCACAUGGUUCUAUGUACACCCGGUCUACUCGGAGGCCUUGGAGCAGCGACAUACAUGGCAAGGCAUACCGGGAUGA